AUGGAGCUGCAUGUCUUCCAGCGAGAGGAGGAAAAGGCUGGGGACUAUGCGUUUCUCUGUUUGAAGAACAUCCGAACCUUCCUAAAAGUCUGUCACGACAAAUUUGGGUUAAGAAACAGCGAUCUGUUUGAUCCCUUUGACCUCUUCGAUGUACGGGAUUUCGGAAAGGUGAUCUCUGCAGUAUCCAGACUCUCCUUCCACAGUAUUGCUCAAACCAAAGGAAUUAGGCCCUUCCCGUCGGAGGAGACCACGGAAAACGAUGACGACGUAUAUCGGAGCUUGGAGGAGCUGGCGGACGAACAUGAUCUGGGGGAGGAUAUUUAUGACUGCGUCCCCUGUGAAGAUGAAGGCGAUGAUAUCUACGAAGAUAUCAUCAGAGUGGAAGUUCAGCAGCCCAUGAUUAGAUAUAUGCAGAAAAUGGGAAUGACGGAAGAUGACAAAAGAAAUUGCUGUUUGCUAGAAAUCCAAGAAACGGAGGCCAAAUACUACAAAACACUUGAAGAUAUAGAAAAGAACUAUAUGAACCCCCUGAGGCUGGUACUGACUCCCCAAGACAUGGAAGCUAUUUUUAUCAAUUUGGAGGACCUAAUUAAAGUGCACUUCAAUUUCCUGAGAGCCAUCGACGUCUCGAUGAUGUCUGGAGGAAGCAGCCUGGCAAAAGUGUUUCUGGAAUUCAAAGAGAGGCUGCUGAUUUACGGCAAGUACUGCAGCCACAUGGAGUACGCCCAGAACACGCUCAACCACCUCCUCGCCAACCGGGAGGACGUCAGGCAGAAGGUGGAGGAAUGCACACUAAAGGUUCAGGACGGGAAAUUUAAAUUGCAAGAUCUACUGGUGGUUCCCAUGCAGAGAGUUUUGAAAUAUCAUCUCCUGUUAAAAGUAAGUGUUUCAGCAUUGGCACGCCGACCAGAGAAGCAACAGCUGAAGGAGGCUCUGGAGGCGAUGCAGGACUUGGCCAUGUACAUAAAUGAAGUAAAGAGGGACAAAGAGACUUUAAAGAAAAUAAGUGAAUUUCAGAGCUCUAUAGAAAAUCUGCAAGUGAAGCUGGAGGAGUUUGGGAGGCCGAAGAUCGACGGCGAGCUGAAGGUCCGCUCCAUAGUCAACCACACCAAGCAGGACAGGUAUUUAUUUUUAUUCGAUAAAGUGGUGAUCGUCUGCAAAAGGAAAGGAUACAAUUAUGAGCUGAAAGAAAUUAUUGAGCUGCUCUUCCACAAGAUGACAGACGACCCUAUGAACAACAAGGACAUUAAGAAGUCUCAUGGAAAAAUGUGGUCAUACGGCUUCUACCUAAUUCACCUUCAGGGGAAGCAGGGCUUCCAGUUCUUCUGCAAGACGGAGGAGAUGAAGAGGAAGUGGAUGGAGCAGUUUGAAAUGGCCAUGUCCAACAUAAAGCCAGAGAAAGCCAAUGCAAAUCACCAUAGCUUUCAGAUGUACACAUUUGAAAAGACGACCAACUGCAAAGCCUGCAGGAUGUUCCUGAGAGGAACCUUCUACCAGGGCUAUCUGUGCCCCAAAUGUGGAGCGGGUGCCCAUAAGGAGUGCUUGGAGGUCAUUCCUCCCUGCAAGAUCGGUGAGUUUUCGCACAUCGAUUCGCUGAGUGCUGGACCUGGUCCUAAAAUGGUGGCGGUUCAGAAUUACCACGGAAACCCAGCCCCCCCGGGGAAGCCGGUGCUGACGUUUCAAAUUGGGGACGUGAUUGAGCUGCUGCGGGGGGACCCCGACUCGCCGUGGUGGGAGGGGCGGCUGCUGCAGACGAAGAAGUCGGGUUAUUUUCCCAGCUCGUCGGUAAAGCCCUGCCCGGUUGAUGCGAGGUGGGAUUUUCUAGGUGCCCUGGAAACAGAAGAUGACUUCAAAGGGAAGAGGUUCGCAGGGAACAUGGAGCGGCAGCAGACAGACAACCUGCUCAAGUCUCACGUCAGCGGCACCUACCUGAUCCGGGAGCGGCCGGCCGAGGCCGAGCGCUUUGCCAUCAGUAUUAAGUUCAAUGAGGAGGUGAAGCACAUCAAGGUGGUGGAGAAGGAUAACUGGAUUCACAUCACAGAAGCCAAGAAGUUUGAAAGCUUGCUGGAGCUGGUCGAGUACUACCAGAGUCACUCGCUGAAGGAGAGCUUCAAGCAGCUGGACACAACGCUGAAAUACCCCUAUAAAUCUCGGGAGCGCUCUACCUCCAGGACCUUCACCCGCUCUCCAGCCUCCUGCGCUUCCUACAACUUUUCUUUUCUCAGUCCUCAGGGCCUCAACUUUUCUUCUCAGAGCUCCUCCAGUCCCUUCUGGUCAGUGUUCACCCCACGGGUCAUAGGGACAGCGGUGGCUCGAUACAACUUCGCGGCGCGGGACAUGCGGGAGCUCUCGCUGCGAGAAGGCGACGUGGUGAAGAUCUACAGCCGGAUUGGUGGGGACCAGGGAUGGUGGAAGGGGGAAACCAACGGAAGAGUUGGCUGGUUUCCCUCGACGUACGUGGAAGAGGAGGGGGUGCAAUGA